AUGGCUCACCAACGUAAUCAGUCGAUGGGAGACUCCUUGAAGUCGCCGCAUUCGGUGAGUCUGAAAGUCUUACGACUGUCACGACCUACUCUCGCGACACAGCAUCCGCUACCCGACUCACACGAUUUGGGCAUCUCGCCGAAAGCCUCUCUCGCCUAUCCUCCGCAGGAUAACACAAACGACAAGUUCAUCCUCAGUCCAGUGCUGAAUCUCCCAGAAGCCUUUGGAAGUGCAUAUGUGGGCGAGACGUUUGCCUGCACUCUAUGCGCAAACAAUGAAAUCGAUCCUUCAGAUACGACCAAAGCAGUGAGCGGUGUCAGGAUACAAGGGGAUAUGCAAACGCCUACAAACCCUUCAGGGUCGCCAUUGGAUCUUACCGGCUCCCCAGAUGACAGCGAAGGGCUCUCCCUUGGCCCUAGUGAGUCUUUACAGAGGAUCCUACGGUUUGAGCUGAAAGAGGAGGGGAAUCACGUGCUGGCAGUCACGGUGACCUAUACGGAGACGGCUCUGGGAGAGGGGAAAGCAGCGAGUGGAAGAGUGAGGACGUUCCGCAAGCUCUAUCAGUUUGUGGCGCAACAAUUACUGAGCGUAAGAACCAAAGCUGGUGAGAUGAGCCAGAAGAUGGGCCUGUCCAGAUACCUCCUAGAGGCGCAACUAGAGAACAUGGGAGAGGCUGCAGUUUGUUUGGAGGCCGUCAAUGUCCACCCGAAACCGCCAUUGAGAUCGAUAUCGCUAAAUUGGGAUAUGCAUCCAUUAGGGGCAGGCCAACACAAUGCACCCAUAUUGGGUCCUCGUGAUGUGGUGCAGGUGGCCUUUCUUUUGGAACAGCAGCCUGGGGGGGAUGGCGACAAUAGCAAAACUGAUGGUCCGACGGAGGGUCGGACGCCAAUAGGCCAAUUAGCGAUCCAAUGGCGGAGCGCACUGGGUGAUCAAGGCUCCCUCAGCACUGGUUGGCUCACAGCGCGACGCUGA